GAGAAUUAGCCGAAGGACAAAACAGGAACAAUUCAACUACAGAAGCUUCUGACCGAGGUAGAGGGUUUAGGGACAACAAACUAGCACGUGAAGUUAUGAGAGACGAUGGCAAGAAAUGUCUCUCGUUGAUCGCCGGUGAGGUGAUUCCGGUCGUGUCUGACGAUAAAAGUUUCCGACUUUUACACUUUCCCGAAAACCCUUAUCCAAUUGUUUCCUGAAUCAAUCCACGAAGGAGAAAAUCCAAAUCCAGGCCGAGGCUACUAACCGUAAUAACUCAAGCUAGAUUGAGAUUCGAAACUAUGCAGGGAUUGCGUCGGUGCCCAUCAAGAGAGCACCUUUCAGAUUUCAUUCGAUUUGUGUUGAUCUCUGCUGUUGUGUUUGGAGCGUCUGGUGUUGCAUCUGUAGCGGUACCCAGUACCAACUGCUACGCCCUUGACAACUCCAGUCGUCUUGUUGACUUCAGCAGCUGGAUUGGGCACCCUUUUGAGUAUGAUGGGAAGGAAUCGGAUUUGGUGGUCAGAUUUUGCAAAGAUGUUGAGACUAGAUCUCAAACGGGUUAUGUAGAUUUUGGACGAUUUGAUACGUUAAGCUACUUUGUUUCGGGUUCAGGGAAUGCUGACUUUGUUCAGGGGUUCUACCAUGGUGACCUGACGAAUUGUGAGCUGAGUUAUGACAAACUAGGACGUACCGCUCAGGUGAAUAUCGUAUGCGGGAACUGUAGUGAUGGACGGUGUAAAGGUGGACUUGGAUGCAUCUGUAGUGUUACCAAUGAUUCAACUUGCAGAGUUAUUGUUGAUUUAGCGAUUCCAUGCGAGAAACCUGGUCCACGGGUGUUUAAGGGCUUCACGGUUGGAUUCCAUCCUCGCUCAUGGGAAAUCGUUUAUAACGGGAUGACGCAAUUAGGAUUUGAGAAACCUCAUCGCGAGUUUAGCUUCAGCACCGAACAAACUCAUCUGACCCUCUAUAUGACUGCGGUUGCGUCUCUUUCUUCAUCAGUGGGAAAGCCUAUCAUCAAGGUUUUCCCGGAGAAUGGUCUGGAAGUGAAAUUAUCGGGCUCUUCAUCAACCGGAAAUCACCCAACAACACUAUCACCGACAACUUUAGUACUUGAUUGGAAAUGUGAGAAAUCUCGGCAAACUCCAUAUGAAGUCAAUGUCACCAUCCCAGUGGAAGGUUAUGGGCCCAUCGAAUUUUUCCUCACGAAAAUAUGCGAGUACCGACAGGGUGAUGAAGGAGGUUCUGCAAAGGGGUGGGCCAUUUUUGGAGUAUUUUCUUGCGUAUUCCUCGUUGCGUCUAUUCUCUUCUGCUGUGGAGGAUUUGUUUACAAGACACGAGUAGAACGAUCGCAUGGGAUUGAUGCAUUGCCCGGCAUUUCUCUUCUUUCAGCCUUGCUAGAAACUGUGAGUGGAGCUUCUUCCUCUGGACAGAACUACUCGAGACCCGAAGACAUCAACAAUGCCUUCGCUAACGAAGUCUCGUGGGAGAGACCCCCUGCUUCUCACACUCAACCAACGCGCAGAACAAACGAAAGAACUUACGGUGCGAUCUGAAGAAUUCUUGAUUCCUCUUCUUUUUCAACUGUGCUGGCUUCAUGAAGAAAACUGUUUCUUACCCUUCUAGAACCCGUUUCCGAGAAAAUCAUCCGUAGAAUAAGCACCGAGAAAAGGGUUUUCGUUUCCUCGAUGACCCGAAGUCGAUAGGUACGUUCUUAUGAGCAGUGGUUGAAAUGUUCAUAGUUUUGUAUU